AUGUCAAUUCUACAGGAGAGAUUCAUCGUUAUUUUCCAAGAUGCAAGAAAUCUCACUUUUGAUAUUAAACUUGAAGAUUUCCUCAAAUCACUAUCUCUUGAAUUACUUACAGUUACAAUUGCCUGGAUUAUUCUACACUUUGUUUCGGAUAAGUUGCCCUCUAUUGUAAUAAGAAUUUUGGGAUUAUUGAUAUCAUUGCCAAACGGAACAGAAAAAAUCCGCAUUUUCUACUUUACAUUCAAUUACUUGAAUGAUAUAGACCCUAGAGUCUUAAUGAUCCUUUGUAUUUCAUUUUGUUUUGCCCCAGAAAUUUUGGAAAUACUAAUUCGCCGCGUAACACAUCAAAGAGCUAUGUCGAAAUAUACAAAACUUCGUAACUUAGCAAUCGGAUUUUUGAUAUUUUUGAUUGCUUUCCAAUUCCUAAUGAAGGGAAGUAUUAUUUCAGGAAUUUUCGGCAGAGUUCGCCCAUCAUUGGUCCUUCAGAGUCUUAACUUCAUACUUCCUAUUUAUUACAUUUAUUUGUUUUUGAAAUAA